UACUUUUAUUUUGAAACAUUGUCAAACAACACGGAAGAUAAGUAGGCUGUAAGGCGGCAGUUGCACAGCAGGUAAACUACGUAGGCCGACAUGACCUCGCUCAGUGCAGUGAACUCGACGCUGGCGAGUCUGAAAACAUGUCAAACAGACAUUGGCACUGGCAUGGAUAUGGUGACAGAGGUCGCCUUGGAUCUAAUCGAGUCGGAAGGCAAUGUCAAUAGCCCAAAUUUGAAGAAACUCGAAGAGAUGAUGCUGGAGUGUGCCAAACUUGAUCGAGAGAUAAACUGUUUCGUAGAAGCAGUUGAUACAAUGACUGCACAGGCACGACAGAAUCCAGAGGCCCUGGCUCUUCUGAGCAACUCUGUGAAGACUGAAUUUGCCAGGUUAAAGCAAGGGGCAUCUGACUCAGAGCUAAGUCAACAUGCCAAGGUGAUUGCUUUCAAGGACAGCAUUCAGAACUCAAUGCCAGAGGCUAGCCAGCCGGAGACAGAAGCUGAGGACUUGGAUGAGGAUAUCGCGCUCACUCAGAGCCAGUUCAACUUCACCUGUCCUCUCACACAGGUUGAAAUGGUGAACCCAGUAAGGAACAAGAAGUGCCAGCACUACUAUGACCAAGAAGCAGUCUUGAGUAUGAUCAAAACCAAGCAGAAGAGCAGCAAAAAGUUCAGGUGUCCUGUAGUUGGCUGCGACAACAAGGAUGUGAAGCCCUCGGAUCUGGUCCUGGACCCUAUCAUGAAGCGGAGGAUUCAGAACCACAAGAGGCAAAAUGCAAAGAAAUAAUUUCUCUCUCUCUCCCUUGGUUCAGUUGUUUGGGUUUUGUAAUAAUAUAGAUUAAUUGUAUUGUUUUCUUGCUGAAAGUUGGUUAUUGCACACAUCAUUUUUGUAAUAAAUAUUUUUAACACA